AAAUAAUUUAGGAACACAAAUGGUACUUAUAUAUUCUAGACUUUAGCCAUCAGCUUAAACCAUGAAAUUGAGAAGUUAAAAUUAUCAAGGAAACAUUAACAAAUAAGGAAAAGUUCCUAAAUCAUUGAUUGUACUGAAAUUUAAUAAUCUAAUAGAAAAAAGAAGAAAAUCUUCCUGUCGGCCCAAUUCUUUUAGGAGUUUUCUUGUUUGUUGUUGUCGGCUCUGGUAAAAAUGUAAAAUAACAAUUUUAGCUUUAUUCUAAAUACUUAAUGUUGCUUCAAGUGGAUAAGAAAUUUGAUAUAUAUAUAUAAGUGCUUAAUCAAUUUUUAAAAUACAAGAUGC